CAUGACAUGUUUUCUUGUGACGUUUGUCUUUCCUUCCCCAAAGUGUUUUUUUCUGAAUUGAACUGUGCUGUGCGGACUUGUAAAAUAUGGCUGGUGCUUUUUACAGCGAAAAUAGUGAUGUUUCAGCCAUAUUCUUCGACUUGGACAACACAUUAAUCCAGACAAGAAAGGCGGACACGAGAACAUGCAAUAAGCUAGUGGAAGUUCUGCAGCAAGAGUACGGGCUGCCUCAAGAGACAGCUGUGGAGAGUGCCACGACGUUCCUCCGAGCGUUCCGGGCGCGGCCUGAUGAUGACUCCUUCGCGCUUGACGAGUGGCCCGCGCAUCUUUGGCGCAACUCGCUGCCGAAGAACUACAGGCAUAUCGCAAAGAAUAUUUCAGCAGAAUGGUUGAAUUUGAGAUUCAAAAAUUUAGCAUUAACAAAUGAUGUAAUACAUCUACUGGAGACCCUGCGGGAGGAUUACCUUCUGGGUCUGAUCACGAACGGGCCUUCGCGCGCCCAGUGGCAGAAGAUCGAACGGCUGGGGCUCCGCAAAUACUUCGACUGCGUGCUCGUGUCUGGAGACCUGCCCUGGGAGAAGCCAGACCAGGAAAUCUUUCUGGAGGCCUGCAAGCUUCUCAACGUCGAGCCAAAGACCUGCAUCAUGGUUGGAGACAAGCUGGAAACUGAUAUCAAGGGCGGAAAAGAAGCAGAACUAGGCGGUACAGUAUGGAUCCCCUUACAGAAGGAUGAAGAAUCGUCAGACUUGCCUGAUUUCACUAUUGAAAAUGUCACAGAGCUACCUGAGGUUCUGCCAAAUUCCCCCAAGUUAAAACGCUCUGCUCCCAAAGUUUGUUGAUAAUGCAGUAGGUAACGCAUAUUUUGAGUAGAUUGUCUAUAAUCUGUUUUAAAUCUCAAUCGUCCACUUGAAAUAUGGGGUUUAGUUGUAUUAGAGAGAAUAUGUGUAUCUUAUUUAUGUACAGUCCUACUUUUGAACCACUUGCCUACAUCUCUUAUAAUGACGAUUGUGAUAGAUAUUAGUCGAAUUUUCAAUCAUUGGAUUAUCUUUUAGUUUAAAAUAAGUUUGACAUAAUGACUAUAUUUAUGUACUAAAAUAAUGU